AAACGCGGUCACGCGGUUCACGCAAGAUUAACCUUUUUCCCAGCCUCGUUUACUACAGUAUUCAUCUGUUUUUCUUGCGCGAUAUGCACUUCCUCUCGCUAUUCACAUAAUCCACGCGAACAAACAGAAUGCCGGAAUAUACCCCAGCCACUUCCACACAAUUGCAGCCUCUCAUUUGGUGCGUGAUCUGGAUCUUAACAUGCUGGAUCAUAGUAUCCUUUCCGCACCGUUUGGAUCGCUGGGCGAGUAUUUCAUUACUUUUCACGGCGGGAUACGGCGCGUUCAAAACGUCUGCCGACCUGUCGCCCGAUGACACGUUGAAUGAGAUUUAUACACGAUUCAUCCUGAUUGGGGGGUCUCAUAUCCUGCAUCUAACGUGCAAGAGUAAGGGAAGGAAUGGAGGUCUGAGAGAGAUGGAUCACAUCGACGCUCAACCGUGUUGGUCCCCUUGGUACCGCGGUUAUAAAUUAGUCUUCAACUGUAGAGGUGUUGCAACACCAUGGGAAGCUCCAUAUCUAUGGCGCGGCGUCAAGCACACAUGGGAAGCCGAUAGAGGCCUCGAUCGUCCAGCUAGAUCAUCUGCUUCGCAAAUCGCACGUCUUAAUCCUUCUGCGACUGCAGCAAAACAAGAUCAAUGUUCAGAAUCCUCGUCGCCGCAAACGACAAUUCCCAGCGACGCCCACAAAUCUCAGCCUCCACGACUCUUCAAGCAAGGUCGGUGGGCGGCCGUAGCGACGCGCAUCGCGUAUUUCGUUCUCAACUUCAUCCUUCUAUCUUGCGCCUACGAAUUUCUGAAUCCAUCAACUCUCUUCGAUAUCGUACCCAACCCCUCUACCGACUAUACUCGUGAAAAAGAGGGAAUUCUACGACGUUUCAUACUACAGUUCUUCUUCCCACACUCCAAAUACACACUCCUCACAGCGCCAACACCAGUAACAACCCGCGAAAUCAAACUCCGUAUCUUUCUCGCCCUCGAAUAUGUCGUCGGAGACUAUCUCCUCCUCUCCCUCUACACCGAUUUCUUCGCCAUUCUAUGGCUAUCUCUGGGUAUCGACGAGCCAUGGGAGUUUCCUCCGUUUUUCGGAGACAUAACGGAAGCGUAUACGAUGCGACGGUUCUGGAACAUGUUCUGGCAUCGUGUGAUCUACAGGUCGUUCAACGCGCACGCGGCACUCAUCUCGCGGUAUGUGCUGCGCAUGAGACAGCGCACACCGGUGACGCGCGUUAUCAACGGGUUGCUGGUGUUUGGGAUCAGUGCGGUCAUGCAUGCAAUGGUUAGUGCGCGCUUUGGGAACAGCUGUGCGUGGGGCAGGAGUAUGCUGUAUUGGAUGUGGCAACCCAUGGCGUUUGUCCUGGAAGACACGGUGCAGGCAGGUUGGAGGCGAGGACUUAGAUCGAAGGUUAGAAGAGUUCUUGGUGAAAGUGGGGUCCGGGUCUUAGGGCGAGGAGUUGGAUACUUGUGGGUUGUGUCUUGGAUGGUAUGGGAGGCGCCGAAACGAACGUUUGCUUUAGCGACAUGUAAGACAUGAAGCUCUGUUGAGCUGUGGAGACAAUGCCUCCGAAGUGGCCAAAAUUCCAACCCCGAAUGUUUACCAUCUC